GGUGAAUUUUAUGAGUCUCACGGGGGCCUCUUACAGUUUGACAACCAGGACAUUUACGAGUGAGGACAGAAGUUACAUAUCGGAAUAAUUCUGUGAGAUAUUAAGGGAUUGCGGGGCAAACAGCCAUGGACGUGAGAGGUCACUUGUCUGUUAUGUCAAGACCUCCUCUUCAAGGUGAACCUUAUGUUGAAAUUGUUGAGCAACCCAAGCAACGCGGUAUGCGUUUCCGAUACAAAUGCGAAGGACGAUCAGCGGGUAGUAUUCCAGGGGAGCGCAGUGUGGAUAACAAUAGAACAUAUCCUUCUAUACAGGUUGUGAAUUAUCUUGGAAGAGUGAGAGUUCUAGUUAGUUUAGUAACAAAGAUUGAACCCUUCAAGCCCCACCCUCAUGACUUGGUUGGGAAGGACUGCAGAGAUGGAUUCUAUGAAGCCGACUUUGGCCCUGAUCGUAGAGUUCUGUGUUUUCAGAACUUGGGCAUUCAGUGUGUGAAGAGGAAAGAAGUGAAAGAUGCCAUUCUGUUUCGAAUUCAGCGACAACUUAACCCCUUUAAUGUUCCGCAGGAACAGUUGCUCCAGAUUGAAGAUUAUGAUCUGAAUGUGGUGAGGUUGUGUUUCCAGGUUUUUCUUCCCGAUGAGCAUGGCAGCUUUUCAAGAGCUCUUCCACCAGUUGUCUCAAACCCUAUAUAUGACAACAGAGCACCAAACACAGCAGAGUUGAAAAUCUGCCGUGUCAAUAAAAACACUGGAACUGUUAAAGGAGGAGAUGAAAUAUUUCUGCUAUGUGACAAGGUGCAAAAAGAUGAUAUUGAAGUUCGUUUCUUUACUUCGGAGUGGGAGGCCAAAGGUUCAUUUUCACAAGCGGAUGUACAUCGGCAGGUUGCCAUCGUCUUUCGGACACCAGCAUAUUGUCAAAGUAAUAUCACUGAGCCUGUAUCAGUGAAAAUGCAACUUCGCAGACCUUCAGAUCAAGAAGUCAGUGAGCCUAUGGAGUUCAGAUACCUUCCAGAUGAAAGAGAUACCCAUUUUUAUGAAAAAAGAAAGAGGACAGCUGAUGUUUUCCAUAAAAUGAUGCAGGAUUGGGGACCAGCAAAUGCCAUUGAUGACCAAUCUAGCCGAAACAGAUCAGAUAAAAUCUCAGUUGGUGUGCCUUCUGGAAGACUGUAUCUACCCUCAAAAACGAUUAAACAAGAGUCUCAUCUAUUUACUGGACCACGACAGAUGCAUGCAAUACCAACACAGCAGCAGCAUUCCAAGAACCAUAAUCAUAAUAUUUUUCAGAAUACAGUUCCCACAAAUUCAAACCAGAUCUUCUCUUCUGGCCAGCCAACAAUGAUACCGACAACCAUAGCAAGAGUUGGUAGUCAAAGUUGGCCUCCAAUACCUUCAAAUUGCAAAAUGGAUUUGCAAGUUCACACUCCUCAAAAUGAUAAUUCAUUGCCAGUGCUUGAUGAAGAUGUGCUGAAAUGUUUAGACCCUCCCUCCCAGAAUUGUCUGUUACAUCCAAUGGGGUUUAGACAGGAUACCACCAGCAAUGGCAUUGCAACUCAGCAGAUUCAACAGUCUGUUGCUUUCAGCACUGCGGAAACAAUGGCCAAUCAAACCCCUCGUAUUAGUAUGCAAAUGCUUUCCAAUAACAAUAUUGACCAUAAUGACUUGGAUUUGAUUAGUACAAACUGUGAUGGAGCAGCAUCCAUGCCAGUUCUAUGGAAACCAUCAAAUCAACAAGCAUCUUCAUCCAUUCAGAGUGUGCAUUUAUCAAAAAAUACAAUGGGAAACAAUGCUUCUAUCAAGACUACUCAACCAAAUUCACAAAUGUCGGUUGGCAUGCAUAUUGAUAGUGUCCUUAGAGACUUGAACAAGGACCUAGCUUUUAACGGAAGCCUACAGAUAACAAAUGAUAUGUUUAGUUCUGGUGGAGCUGAAGGUACUGAUUGUUUAAAUUCAAUAACCUCAGAUCAUGCAGAUCUGAAUUACAUGGUGGAAGGAAGCUUCUGGAGAAUGAAUUAGCCCUAAGUAAAAAAAAACAAAAAGAACACCUUGGAAAAAUCAUUUGCUGUCUAUGGUUGAGCUUGAUUAUAGACACAUUACUCAUUCAUUUCUUUAAUGCACGGAGAUGUAUAAAACACCCAAUUAAUGUUAUAUUUCAAUUUUUAAACAUCUGCAUUGUUUGAUUCUUAUUUUUCUAUCAAAGAAUAAUUGUUAACUGUAUGAUUAAUGCAAUGCAUGUUAACUUUUGUGCAUUAAUCACACAAUAUAUCAACAUGAAUCCUAACUACCCUACUGCAGUAUCCCCACCUGGUCACCAAGUGCAAUUUGAUGAAAGAAUUGUCAUACAAAUGAAUUAAUAAGCUUGUUUCAAACUAAAUGUUUUGAUGCAGCCUCUCAGGAUAUACCAGCAGGGUUUUAAAAAGUUUUGCACGUCAAUUAUGGAUGGUAUUGGACAUUAUGUGCUCUUGGAUUAGUUUUGAAUCAUCCUCUCAACUGCUCCCUUGUUACCAAGGAAUGUAUAUUUGACCUCUUUUAACAUACGUUUGUAUAAUUUUAAGUGAAAUAAUUUCUGAAGCUUCUAUUAUCAUAGCAGUUUGGUGGCCAGCUUAACAUGAUGAUCCAAAUAUACUGGAGUUUUGUAUGAAGUAGGAUUUGAUAUUCAGUAAUAAUAAUUAGAAAACAAAUUCACUGAAACCUUUCAGAAUUUGAAUAUUUAAAAUCUCACCUCAGUUCUUAAUUUAUCCAUUGUGUCAAUCAAUAGCAGCCCGAAUGAUCAAACAUUUAUUAUGAGAGAAUUUCUCUCAGUAAGGUAAGAGCCAAGAAAAGUUAAAUUAGAUUGGUGUAUACAAAGGAUCUAUGUGAUUUCAGGAACAAAAACAUCAGAUUGUUUAAGAUUUUGCUCGGCACACAUAUUGAGUGAGAAAUGCAGGUUUAGUGUUCAAAUAGAAUUAGCAAGAACUAAACAGAAGAGGGUGAGAUUAGAAAGAAUAAAACAUUUUAAAUGUCUCAAAAUUGAGUAAAUUUCAAGUUGAAGAUGAAAAAUGCUGGCAUAGAGAAAACUCCCAUGGGUAUGAUAUAACAAAAAUGUCUUGUAACCAAAAUUCAAUGAAGGAAGAGGACAAUCGUGGAGGUAUAUUCCUCUCUUCAAGAAGUCUGGUGCAGCCUUGAAAGCCAGGUUUAAAUGGAUCCAAUAGGAUCAAAAAGAGACUUGUUGAUGAAAUGCCAGAAGGUAUGUCAAUGAAAUAUCGAUAGCAAGCAUCAGUAGUGAAAAAAAUUAGUGGGUGCAUGUAACCAAAUGACUUGAUUUCUGCGAGUCAGAUAGCUGAGAAGUAUUAGAAAAUCCGGAUGGUAUUACACUAUUUAUUAGAGAAAACAUGUUAUUAAUCUGUUGAAAACUGCGCAAGAAUCUGUAGAUUAAUAAGGAUGUACAACUUUGGUCAGUAAUGUUGUGUCAGCAGCCAAGCCAAUUAAACCUACAGACUGGAUUCAUGCAAAAUGUCAAAGAUUAGUUAGACAUUUUCACUUUUUACAUAAUUGCAGUUAAAUAAUUGAACCAAGUCAGCAUUCAGAAUACCCUUCUUGUAAAGGUGCCAAAACCAAAGGAGAAUCUUAUCCAGAACCAAAACUCAAGGAUUACACUGAUAGUGUGGGGGGAAAAUGCAUCUUUGUUAAUAAGGUCAAUUUGCUUAAUUUUAUAUUAGCAAACACCAUAAUUGAUAACAAAAACAGUUUCUGUUGUUUCAUCAGAUAUCCUGUUUAGAGUAAAGCCAUGCCAUUUGGUGUGGAAGAUGCACAGUCAACCUUCUUGAGAUUGACUUGUAAAAUGAUGACUAUCUGAGCAUCAAUAAGCUUGAUUGUUGUGAAGGGAUUUGGCAAGGUCACUGUCAUUCAUCUUGGAUGCUUAGCUGGUGGAGGUCAAGAACUGCCACAACCAAGUGCAAGGAUCAAUUAGUACAAGUGGAUUCAGCGGGAAAUUUGCUUUAAACUGAAAGAUUAUAGUCUCUCACUGAUGAUUGUUUGGGAAAAUAAAACUAGGAAAUAGUGAACUUGAGUCAUGCCAAAGGGCUUUUGAGAUGAGGCAUAGCUUGAAGUCUGGAACUGCAAGCACUUUUUGGUGGCUCAAACCUCAGCUGCCUUACAACUAUAUCCACUCAUGGGGAAGGCUUUGCGAAUAAAUCCCAAGGGAAAAAUCUGGAGGUGGACUCCAUAAGGCAGCCCUACAUUGAGUUCAAUUCUGACUGGUAACUCCUGCAAUACUGCUAGUACCAAAUUGUAUUGCUCUCUGGGUUUAUCAGAUGCAUGGAGAGGGGGAGCUUGCUACAUGGGCAACAGCUUGCUCUCCAUAUCGUACUGUCCAAGCUUGCCUACCUAGACAGCUAGGCCAACAAUAUCCAUGGUUGACUUUGACUGACGGAGGUCUCAGACAGAGGGUUAAAAUGGAGUAGUGGUAGUACUGAGGCUUCAGCAGCAAAGAAAGCCCCUUGACUACUGAAAAGAGACCUGAAGUUUUGUACUGUCUCCAACAAUUUGAAGUAAAUAAUAGGAUAUGAUAGUUCAUACAAUACAUGAUCUUCUUGAGCCUUAUAAAUCUUCAAGGCAAAGAAACAAUGGUUGUUUCAAUAGAGUAUUAUGCUGCAAUUCUUUGCACAAAAAUCUUGUAUGUUUCAGGGGAAAAUGUGAUUGCUGAUGCGAUUAAAAACAGAAUGCUGGAAUAACUUGGGUCAGAUGGAAUUUGUGGAGGAAUAAAACAGUUCAGCUUUCACACAUAACUUUUCAGCAGAAAAUAAUUUCUGAAUCUUCUCACGAACUCGUUCCCAGAAUGUACAAUAAUAAUUUUUUCGCUAUGAAAUGUAAACUAAUUUUCUUUCUGAAACUGUUCCUAGAUGUACUCCAGUGUUUUGUUUUUAAUUCCAGAUUCCAGGCAUGGUUUUUUUUUAAAUUUGCUUUUGAGUUGCUGAUAUUCUGGCUAUAGUUUAACCACUGAAAGGAAAAAAAGUGACAAAUAUAUUGCCUUUAUAUUGUACAGCAUGUAAUGGUUAAAAUGCUUUAAUAACUUGAUGCAUAUAAUUAAGUUUGCUAGGGUGGCACAGAACAGAAGAUGAUGGUGGUGUUGGGAGAACAGGAGACAAUUUCUUAAGAUGUAGUUCCCCAAGCAACACAAAGGGAACUUGAAACUUUCCCACAUGAUUGGAUGACACUAAAUACUACACAGUCUGUUUAUGGAUGAUGUUUGAAUCAUCUUAUGAACUGCUCCUCAUCCACCAAGGGAUGCGUGUUGAAAAUUUAAUGUGAUCUUCAAUAAGGUGUUUGCUUAAUUGCCAAGUAAAAUGUUUUCUGGUGAGUGUGAAAUUCACAUGAUUUUUUUUAAAAUGGGCCCAGUUAUCCACCUUGAUGUCUCCUGUUCCCCCAGACUACUACUGUAAAUUUUAUGGAUUAAAGUUGUGUAUAUGGAAUUGAUAUACAGUAAAUUACCGAGAUAAAAUUGCAGUUUGUCACUCUUCAUCUAUGUGGAGAUAUGUGCCGGAGAACAGUUCAAGUGCAAAAAGAGUAGCAGUGUUAUGGCGGUUAUAAAUGUAAUUUUUUAUUGUAAUGGUGGUUAAGAUAAUGCCUAAUCACACAUGGAUGUAACGCUGAGGUUUUAUGAGGCACUGGUCAGGCUGCACGUGAUACAUUGUGAGCAGUUUUGGGCCUCUUGUCUAUGAAAGGAUGUUUUGGCAAUGGAGUGUCCAGAGGCAGUUUAUGAGACUGAUUCCAGGAAUGAAAGGGGUAACAUAUGAGGAACAUUUGGCUAUGGGUCUGUACUCGCUGGAGUUUAGAAGAAUUGGGGGGGGGGAGGGGGGCAGGCUAGAAUCCAUUUAAAUUUAUUGAAAGGCCGAGAUAGAUUUGGAUGUGGAAAGGAUUUUUUCUCGAGUGGGAAGUCUAGGAUUGGCACAACCUUUGUGAUAGGAGGAUAUACCUUUAGUACAGAGAUGGAGAGGAAUUUCUUUAAUCACAGGGUGGUGAAUCCGUGGAAUUCACUGCCACAAAUGGCUGUGGAGGCCAAAUGAUUGGAUAUAUUUAAAGUGAAGGUUAAUAGGAUCUUGAUUAGCAAGGAUGUCAAAGGUUACAGGGAGGCAACUGGGAUUGAGAGGGAUAAUAAGGUCACCAUGAGGCCGAAUGGCCUAAUACUGCUCCUAAGUCUUAUGAUCUUACGGUUGUAGUCUGAUUUCAAUUACUGUCUUAAUCACAGGAGAUUGGGACAGUAGGUGAGGUGAUCUUUGGUGGAGGAAGGAGCUGUCUGCCUAAGUGCUUUGAAUAACAUUUUUCAAACUUCCUAGAAAUUUGUGAAUAAUUCUAGUUAACUCCCACUCCCUAGAAAGUCCUACAAACACUCAUACGCGGUUAGGGGCCCCACAGUAAGUGUUUUUAUCCUCCAGUGGGUAACAAUUGACAGAUUACAGGUAUCUGUUAACAUCACUUGUGGCACUGAAUUUUCUUUACGCUAGUAUGCACGAGCAGAAGCAUACAUUUGUCAAUUAGCAAACCUAAGUCUUGAUACCUUGGACCUCCUGCUGAUCCUGCCUAGUUUCUCCAACCAAUGCUUGAUUAUAUAAGCCUUCAAACAAGAAUACUAUAUUAUGAUCUUUUUAAUACUGUAGUUAAAACUGAUUAAUUGUGAUCAGAGUUAAAAGUUCUCAAAUCGAGCGGUAAAAUAGUCCAUUAGAAAUUUUAUUUACUUUAUGAUUUUGCGUUGUAAAGCUGUAAAUACACUUUUAUAUAAGGGACUUCCCUUAAUGUUUGUAAUGACUGUGUCAGCCUAACUACUUGCAAGGAAAGUUCUCAGUUUAUAACCCUUGGUAAUUUGAAUGUAAAAUUGCUUACUGUAAUUAGUCUUUAUAGUAGCAGUAUGGAUUUUAAAAAAUAUCAUACUUAAUGUUCUUCCCCACUAUCAAUGUUUUUCACUGUUCAAAAUACUUUAACAUAUAAAAUAAAGUUAAUGAUAAGAGUUACCAUAUGUUUUAAAUAAAACUUGUUUGAAUUCUGUCUGAUUGCAAUCAUUACUUUCUGCUGGAUGAUUCCAGUCAAUGUAAUAUUACCACAAAUAGGAAUGAUAAAAUUUAAAAUUGAAUAAAAACUACUGCCAAUAGUUAGGGAAAGCAAGGUCUUAUUUGUUUGAAUGCAAUACAAGUUCUCUUUCAAAUUCUGCUACCUCUGCAUGGUUCCCACAGUACUAAGUGUGUGGAAAUGCAUUGACAGCUGUACAUACAUAAGUAGAUUUGUUUCAAUCCCUUAAAGUUACUAACCUUAGAAAAGAUAUUACUUCACACACAAAUCUAUAUAAAUGAAAUACAAUUACAGGCAGUGGAGGUCAGUUGGCAACUCUAACAUUUAAGAGACAAAAAUGGCAAUAAAAUGGAAGUUAUAAAUUUAAUGUGUUACCGUAACAGUAGCUGAGAUAACACCUGAUCACUUUUUGUGCUACUGCUUGAAACGGAGUCAUUCAGUAGAUAACGCACAAUGAAUUCUGGCACCUAUGAUUCAAGGAGGAAUUAAAUUCGACCAUAAACAACCUCUAUGAUCAUUUUCACCUGGUGUAUACACUUUAUAUUGCAACCUCUUUGACAUUUGUUAGAAUCAGCUGAUGUUAAUGGUACUUUUUGGUACAGAAUCAUGUGGGAGAACGGCAAAGAUUAGCCCCCAUCACAAGUCAUCAAGAAGUAGGGUGUGCACACAAGGCAAUU